CUGACUGGUCUCGGCUAGCAAUGGGAGCUUACAUCAGCUGUCGGGGGCUUUGACAGAAGGGAUUUGGCUGGUCUGGAGUUCAGUUGGCAGAUAUGGUGAGGCACAGCAUGAUGACGGAGCUGCAAGCCUUCCAGCACUCUCUCCAGGGUAACUCCCUGGCUGUGGGCCAAGUAGGGCAAAAGUGUGGGGGAAUUCAGGAGAAUGGGAUCAGCUCAGAGGAAAGACAGCACCUUUCUCAAGGCCCAGCAGAGAUCCCGAAAAGCGAGCCAGUGAACAUCCCCGAUGCAGCUAAAAGAAAGAAGAAGAAAAGAACUAGAGCGACAGACAGCUCCACCGGCACUUUUGAUGAUCUCUACAAACUGACAGAUGAGGUGCUUGGUCAGGGGGCAUAUGCUAAAGUACAAGGAUGUGUAAGCCUGCAGAAUGGACAGGAGUUUGCUGUGAAGAUUAUAGAAAAGAGUGCCGGGCAUAGCCGCAGCAGAGUCUUUCGGGAAGUGGAGACGCUCUACCAGUGCCAAGGAAACAAGAACAUUUUGGAAUUGAUCCAGUUCUUUGAAGACAACUCCUGCUUUUAUUUGGUUUUUGAAAAGCUGCGUGGCGGCUCCAUUCUUACACAUAUUCAGAACAGAAAGCACUUUGAUGAACUCGAGGCCAGUAAGGUAGUCAGGGACAUUGCCCAAGCUCUUGACUUCCUGCACACAAAAGGCAUUGCCCACAGAGACCUUAAGCUGGAGAACAUACUCUGUGAAUACACUGAUCGAGUCUCGCCAGUAAAAAUCUGUGACUUUGAUCUGGGAAGUGGAGUGAAGCUCAGCAGUGCCUGUACGCCCAUAACAACCCCAGAGCUCACCACACCGUGCGGCUCUGCAGAAUACAUGGCACCAGAAGUGGUGGAAGUGUUCACUGAUGAGGCUUCCUUCUACGACAAGCGCUGUGACCUGUGGAGCCUCGGGGUCAUCCUCUACAUCCUGCUGAGCGGCAGCCCCCCAUUCACGGGCCACUGUGGCACCGACUGUGGCUGGGACCGAGGAGAAACUUGCAGGACGUGCCAGAGUCACCUGUUUGAGAGCAUCCAGCAGGGCAAGUACGAGUUUCCAGACAAGGACUGGGCGCACAUCACAGAGGGAGCCAAGGAUCUCAUAUCCAAGCUGCUGGUUCGGGACUCCACUCUGCGCCUCAGUGCUGCUCAGGUCCUCAAGCACCCCUGGGUGCAGGGGAAUGCACCAGAGAGAGGUCUUCCAACUCCUCAUGUUCUACAGAGGAACAGCAGCACCAAAGACCUGACCCAGUUUGCAGCAGAAGCCAUCGCCUUCAACCGGCAGCUAUCGCAGCACGACGAGCAGCAGGAGGACGUCGGGGCCAUCGUCUGCUCCAUGAGGCUUUCUCCUCCCUCCAACUCCCGGCUGGCUCGGAGGAGAGCUCAGUCCAACGCUCUGCGCACCAGGGACUUUGCGCCGGCUUCAGACGACCUCGCGGCCUGAAGCAGCAGCAGCACAACUUCCCUCGUCGUGUUUUCUGACUGAUCUUAACCUCUGCCUGCUCCUCGUGUGUGUGAGUGUGUGUUGUGGUUUCACAGGGAGCCUUGUAGGAUCACAGUAUCAGGAAGCUCUCUGGUGUUGAAGCUCUUCUCCGCGGCCAGUAAUCCUCUCGACGAGACAGAGUUUCAGCACCAGGUGGACAGUUUAUCGCCUCUUAAUUGAAAACAGAGAAAACUUUUCAUUUUAAGCUGCGCAAUUUUAACAGACCUAAGAGUUUAGAAAUUCACACAGAGUCCUGGUGACCCCAAAGCAACAGAAACGACUCUUAAUGCAAGCAGUUUGUAUUAACAUGCAUAUCAUUAGCAGAACAGCAUCUUAGCGGUUGAGGCGGCUUCUGCUGUCCUGAUGCAAUAUCAUCUAGUUUCAGUAGAUUUUAUUGUUCUUAUUGUUCAGCUGUGAAUUGGAGGAUUUAAUUUAAUAGCUCUUAAGUCAACAGGGAAAGGGAUGAGUUUUUUAUUUUUUUAUUUCUGGCUUUUUUGUGUGAAUGUGUCUCGAUGUGUGUGUGUGGAUGUACUGUAUGUGGUUCGAAUGAUAAAAAUGGACUUUUCCCUCCAUUCUUACCUGUUAAAGUCAUCCUAACUACCUGAGGUGGAACUCACAGAAAGCUGUGGAGUGAGAAUGCAUCUGGAAAGUUCUGAUUAUUAUUUCUUGGUUUCACUUCAACACAAGCUACCUGCAGCACUGAUGUACUUUAAGAUACAUUUAGUUUACCUCAAAGGGAGAAUAUUUUCUGUUGAUUUUGAUUCAACAAUAUCUCAUUUAAUUUGACUUCGACAGCAGUAUUUAACUUUUUAAAGGUUCUAAAAACCCUCGAUGCUCCAUCAGUUGGUUAUUGCGUUCGUGUUUUGGUAUCUCGGAGUGUUUUGAGACUGAAUGACUUCAAAUGUGAGACCUGUAGGUUGUCUGUACUUGAUGAGACUUAAAGGGAUUUGUGAAUAGUUGUUACACUUGAUAGUGAGAUAAAAGAUUCUCUACUGUGGUCGGAGGGAUUUAUUUUUAUAACAGUAUUUGUAUAUGGUUCAGUUUUUUGUAUUGUUUUUGGUUCCGUGAACGUGCCAAUGGGACGAACGAUGGACUCUCCAAGCUUCUCUUGAGUCCAUCAAGGUUCUGAUCGUCACUUUUUGAUUUUCUUUUUUUUUUAUUUUAAAGAAACAUUUUUACUUUUUUUCUUAAGUUAGUUUUUUCAUUGAGGUCCCAGUUUGUGUCUGAACGGGGUCCACGAAGGCACCUCUUACCCCGUUAACUUUAUGUGUCGCCCGCCUUGACGGCACGUCCCCUCGUUUCACACUGUUGCCAUGGACACCCCAUCCCUAUAGCAACUAAGGACCUUCAUAGGCUGGCAGGAAUCGGCAGAGGUUUGCUCGGAGCGAAUACACACAUUAGGAAACAACCACUUGCAAUGUAACAGCCCUCCCACUCCCAUUAUGAAUCAUAAAAGGACUUGUUUGUUUCACCCCAUCUACUUGUAAUGGCAUCAAAUGAGAUGCAGUAAUUGGUGUGCAAUUACGGAGUCCCACUGAAAUUUAUCAAAGCUCUUAUGGGGUCCUAUGCACAAAGCUCUUAUGUGUGUGUUUAUGUGUGUGUGGGGGGACGUAUUUCCACUGGCAUGCUGUGUUCUCAAUAAAAAAAAACAGAUCUUUAAUAUC